CCGAGCAAUAUGUAAACUGCGCAGGGGGAUGGCCUGUCAAGAAACAUUGAACUGCAAGCCCAUGGGGUGGGUUUACAAAGAAAUGCAUGAAGGUGGAACUAAAGCAGGAUCUAAUCUUACUGAUACUAUAUGUUCUGCCUUGAAGCUUCGCUCGGGUUUCUUCUGAUCGCGGAUACAGUGCGGCGGCGGCUGGCCAGCGGUGCUGGAUGAAACCGGCCGGUGCGGUGACACUCACUUUUCAAUGAAUUUUUCAUCAAACAAGUGAUUUACAGGACUUCCUCGCUUGUCCGACUGAUAAAAGUGAAAAUGAGCGCCGCGGUUUAUGUUCUAUCCACGGUUACCGGAUAUGUGCUCACCUCGGCGUUACUGCUGAAGUGUCCUUCUCUGCUUCACCGGCGAAAGAGAGAAGCCUUCCGGAGCAGACACAUCUCUCACCGCGGCGGAGCUGGUGAGAACUUGGAGAACACAAUGGCAGCUUUCAAGCAUGCUGUUAAACUAGGCACAGACAUGUUGGAGCUGGACUGUCACUUGACCAAGGAUGAGCAGGUGGUGGUAUUACAUGACUCCAGCCUGAAGAGGUCGACUGGCAUUAAUGCAUACGUUGCUGAUGUGGCUUAUGCUGAUCUUCCACCUUACCUUUGUAAGCUUGGGGUCAGUUUCAAACGAGACUGCUACUGUGAAGGAGGAGAAGACAAACGCAUCCCCCUGCUGAGAGACGUGUUCGAAGCUUUCCCAAGCACCCCGGUAAACAUCGACAUCAAGGUCAACAAUGACACCCUCAUCAAGAAGGUGUCUGAGCUGGUCAUUCAGUAUAACAGGGAGGAUCUGACUGUCUGGGGAAACUCCAGCAAUGAAAUUGUUAAGAAAUGUCACAAAGAGAAUCCACAAAUCCCAAUCUUGUUCAGUUUGCCCAGGGUGCUUCUGUUGCUAGGUCUUUUCUACACCGGCCUUCUGCCCUUUGUGCCGAUAAAAGAACAAUUCCUGGAGAUUCCCAUGCCUUCAAUCAUUUCCAAACUCAAAGAUCCUCAGCGUCAGACACGGAGUCAGCGCUUCAUAACAUGGUUGGCUGACAAGGUCCUCAUGAGGAAAUCUCUGUUCGAUCAUCUGACAGGCAGAGGAAUACAGGUGUACGUCUGGGUGUUGAACGACGAGGAGGACUUUCAACGUGCCUUUGACCUUGGAGCUACAGGAGUUAUGACAGACUAUCCCACCAAGCUAAAGGAGUUCAUGGAGAAAAACAACUACGCUACCACCCUUAAAUAGGACUUGCUGGCCAAAGUAAAUGAUCGAUAUGGUUUUCCACUGAUCUUUGGCCUCUAAAUGGGUCUUUUAAUUGCCCAAAAAUCUUUGAUGUUUAUGUCUGUGCGUGUAGAAGUGGCUGCUAUCAGUUCUGGAUUCAUCGAAGCCAAUUAUAUGUGAUGAAAUCCUUCCAUAGCAAUACAUGUUAUCAAUAACAGACUGAAGAUGAAUUAUCAAAUAUGUUGGAGUGACGUCAUCAUCAUUCUGACAUUUCUGUGUGGUUUACUCUACUAUGGGCACCUUCAUUGUAUUAUUGAAAAGUAGUUUAGUUUCAUUACAUUGUGAGGAUGUAAAUCCUGCUGGUAUGUUGUUGUUUUUUUCAGCAGUUUCCACAAUAACACUGAACUCACUGAAGAUUGCCUAAAAGACAAGACCGAAGCUACUGAUGUUUUUGCAAGGCACUGAGAGUAAAGACCGGUAUCAAGGGUUUCUUUUGGGAUUGUUGAGGGACCAAUAUUCAGAGUGCAUCAGGGAUAUUAAUGUUUACUGCAUUACUUUGCUGUUGUUUGAUUGACAUGUAAUUUGUACAAUAAGAGAUUACAGGGUUACGUAUAUAAUAUUUUAUGUGUGACCAGUCAGAAAUUGACACACCAACUCAGUCUUUGUUAUUCCUAUUUUAACUUGUGACAAUGUUAACGUGAUCAAAAGUAUCUAAAACUGCAGUCAAAACAUUUUACACAAGCAAAAAACUCGUAUCUGAGCUACUUCAAAAUCUUUUAAUGCCCACUGCAACAUGGCCACACAUACUAAUACAAUAAUUUAAAUAAUAAUGCAUACAAAAAACUAUUUUAAGUUUUCAAGGAGUAGACUUUAGCAUAGAAGGGUUUCUGAUCACGGAAAAUAAAGUCAUUCUAGUGUGGCUAA